AUGCCGAUCAAUCAACCCUCCAACCAGAUCAAGUUCACCAAUGUGUCCGUCGUUCGGCUGAAGAAGGGCAAAAAACGGUUCGAGCUCGCCUGCUAUAAGAACAAGCUACUGGAAUACCGGUCUGGCGCAGAGACAGAUCUCGACAAUGUCCUCCAAGUCCCAACUAUCUUCCUGUCCGUGUCCAAGGCGCAGACAGCCCCGUCUGCCGAACUAGCCAAAGCGUUUGGUGCCGGCACCCCCGCAGAUGAAGUGCGUCAGGAGAUUCUGCGCAAGGGCGAGGUGCAGGUGGGCGAGCGCGAGCGCAAAGACAUCCUCGAGCGAGUCGAGAAGGAGGUGCUGGAUAUCGUGUCAGGCCGACUAGUCGACCCCAACACUAAGCGCGUAUACACACCGGGGAUGAUCUCUAAAGCGCUGGACCAGCUGAGUUCGGCCAGCGGACAGAUGCAACAGCAAGGCGGCGAGACCAACGGGACGGACGAGGACAAGCCUGCUCAACCCAAGAAACCGCUGUGGACUGGAGUGUCCCCCAACCGGUCGGCGAAGAGUCAGGCACUCGAUGCCAUGAAGGCGCUCAUCGCCUGGCAGCCAAUCCCCGUCAUGCGGGCUCGGAUGCGCCUUCGGGUUACUUGUCCCGUAUCGCUAUUGAAGCAAGCGGUCAAGGCAGCCCCGGGCGCGGCGUCAAACAAGGAGAAAGAGGCCCCAUCGGGCGGCAAAAAGACCAACAAGAAGGGCAACAAGGGGUCCAAGAAGGCCGCUAAGGGCGAUGAUUCAGACUUGGAAGCCGGCGGCUCCGAGGCAGAGGGUGCAUCGAAGACGCCGGGGACGGUCAAGGACAAGAUCACGAGCUACAUUGAAUCGAUUGAGUCGCAGGAAGUCAGCGGGGAUGAGUGGGAGGUUAUUGGGUUUGCCGUUCCUGGAGCAUACAAGGGAUUGAACGAGUUCAUCGGCAAUGAGACCCGGGGAAGAGGACGUGUGGAGGUGUUGGAUAUGUCGGUGACACACGAGGACUGA